AUGGCGUCCACCCCCCGUCUCCGAGUUCCGGCCAAGGAGCCAGAGGCGCGCCAAGGGCAGGGUAUGGAAGGCAACGCAUCCUGGUCCGGGUCCGGGGAGGCAGGGGGCCCGGCUCUUCUCUCGUUCGACGAGAUGCCAGAAUGGUUUCAACACGAGAAUAACCAGUGGAUUCUUGACGGUUACCGGCCCAUCUCGGGCUCGGCUCGCGCCUCGUUCCGCAGCUGGCGGUAUCUCCACAACGAGACGGUCAACAUCUAUUCCCAUCUCAUUCCGGCCGUUGUCUUCCUCCUCGCGAUCUUCAUUGUCGGUGAUAUUGUCUUGGGGGUAUAUAUAAUCUUUUGGUGUGAGACUACGCUACGCAUUAUUUAUUGGUCCAUGGCUCCAGAGCCACAAGUAUCGCUCCCUGCGAACACUAACGUUCGUGGCGACUGGCAUGUCGGUUGUGGCGCCCUUGAUUCAUGGGCUCGAUAUAUUCGGGCUAGACCUGAUGAAGAAAAAAGCUUUCACCUAUACCCUGGUGGCAAAGAUAGGCUGCCUUCUAUCUGGAACCGCACUUUACGCAACGUGCUUCGAAAGAUGAGGUUUCCCGAAAGUUGGUGGCCUGGAAAAUUCGACAUGUUUAGCUCCCACUCAUUCAUGCAUAUCCUAGUGGGUAUCUGGAAGCCUUCGACUAUGCUUACUCACAUAUUACCUGCUCGGCCUCUUGAGUUUGCUCCCUUUUGUAAAGCCUCUAACCACGGGGACGAGCGGCGGCCUCGCAACCCAGGUAGCGCUGUUGGGGAUUCUGGUGGCAAGGUGGCCGGGGAGAGAGAGCAGUUGCAGCGUAUGCAGCCUCCUCGGUUGCCUAAAGCUACAGUACGACAGUACCUAUGGGAUGCGGGUUGCUUGCCACUGGACGGUGCAAAAAUUAGUGGAAAGGGAGUGGUAGGCCCUUUUGCCAACGGCUUGUACCUUGACAAGCCUAUUAACUACCUAGUGGUUAGGCUCCUUCCACAGGCUGAACAAAGUAACCCUGUGAGGGGCACUACGGUGCGCGUCGACUUCCAUGAAUGCGGUCGCUAA